AUGGAGAACGGUUCUCCGCAGCGUCAGCGCAGACGCCCUCCUCCAGGCGGUGGAGCCUUUGAAGACAGCCGCUGGACUCACGACAAGUAUAUAGAGCUAGAAAACGAGAGUUCAGAUCGUCGCGUCCCUGACUCCUAUUCCCCCUCAUCACCGACGGUGUCUAUUUCGGAAAAGAUUAAAGACGGAAAAUCGCAAUAUCUGGGUGAGGAAGGAGACUCUUCCGCAAGCCCGAAAAGACAAGGCGAUACACGGACGGUGACAGGAGCGCUGUCUUCAGAAGACUAG